UCCAUCCCCCGCCCUCCUCCCUCCCGCAGCCGCACCGAGCCUCAGACCGCGGCGGGGCCGGGCAGGGCCGCACCAUGACCGAGACCACCAAGACCCACGUUAUCCUGUUGGCCUGCGGCAGCUUCAACCCCAUCACCAAGGGCCACAUCCAGAUGUUCGAGCGAGCCCGGGAUUACCUGCACAAGACCGGACGCUUCAUCGUCAUCGGUGGCAUCGUCUCGCCCGUGCACGACUCCUAUGGGAAAACGGGGCUGGUCUCCAGCCGGCACCGCCUGACCAUGUGCCAGCUGGCUGUGCAGUCCUCCGACUGGAUCAGGGUGGACCCCUGGGAGUGCUACCAGGACACCUGGCAGACCACCUGCAGCGUGCUGGAGCACCACCGCGACCUGAUGAAGAGAGUGACUGGCUGCAUACUGUCCAAUGUCAACACGCCCUCCAUCACCCCUGUGAUUGGGCAGCCCCAGAACGAGUCCUCGCAGAACAUCUACCAGAACAACAACAGCACCUCCAGCAAGCCCACUGCAGCAAAGAUCUUGGGGAAGGUGGGAGAAAGCCUGAGCCGGAUUUGCUGCGUUCGUCCGCCCAUGGAACGCUUCACCUUUGUGGAUGAGAAUGCCAACCUGGGGACAGUGAUGAGAUAUGAGGAGAUUGAGCUGCGCAUCUUGCUGCUCUGUGGCAGCGACCUGCUGGAGUCCUUCUGCAUCCCCGGCCUCUGGAACGAGGCAGACAUGGAGGUGAUUGUCGGGGAGUUUGGGAUCGUGGUGGUGCCGCGGGAUGGAGCCGACCCCGAGCGGAUCAUGAACCACUCCUCCAUCCUCCGCAAGUACAAAAACAACAUCCUGGUGGUGAAGGACGACUCAAACCACCCCAUGUCAGUUGUCAGCUCCACCAAAAGCAGACUGGCCCUGCAGCACGGGGAUGGACACGUUGUGGAUUACCUCUGCCAGCCUGUCAUUGACUACAUCCUCAAGAGCCAGCUGUACAUCAACGCCUCUGGCUAAGAGCCCGAGCCCUCGCAGCGAGACAGCCCUGUGUCCCGCCUGCCUGCAGCUCUGCAUCACCCCUCUCUCUCUCUCUCAGUGUCUCCAUCUGUCCCCCAUCCCAUGGCCUCCUGCCCGUGUCUGCCUCUCACCCCCAGCACCAACACUCUGUUGUGCAGCCCUGUCCAGGGAAUGGUUUGGUCUCUUGCUCUGGGGCACUGCCCUGCCCUGCGUGCAUGGGGAGGGAGGGGGGCUGCUCAGGGAGCGACGUGCUCCGUGUGCUCCCAGCAUGUCCCUGGGAAAUGGUCCCCUCAGUCCAUCUUCCCAGCAUGCUCAGGGCAGGGCUGCCUAUUCUGCAUCAUCUUACACAACCUAAGCUCAAUAAAUCUGGGUGGAUUUUUUUUUUAUUAAGUAACUUUAGUGUGAGCCCUUUGAGCCUCUCAGCCCAGUGACCAACCAAACCCUGGCUGGCAGCAGACAGUUGUAACACAACCAGCUCAGUGCCUCACGGCAGGGGAAACCUCCUCAGGCCAGCCAUGAGACAACCCAGCUAACAAAACCCUCCUCCUGCCCCUGAAAAUCAUGGAGAGGGCAUUUCUAAAAGGCAGCAGAGGCCUUGGUGAGCCCUGCUGCUGAAGCAUUAUGGAGAGAAUGUCACAUCUCACCUUCCCCUAGCUGCAAGAACUGAAGCCACUCCCUAAGAUAGUGAAGUUGGGGUGAUGUUCUAUCCCACAGCACCUAGAAAGGGAGCUGCCUUUCAUGGGGCCAAGAAAUUAUAGGGUAGAAAGAAGCAGGUGGCGAGCCAAAGCCUCUGGUGAGAAUUUACCCCAAACCUGGCCGUGUCCAUCCCCAUCCUCUACCCUCCAGAUCUCCAUUUCUGCUCCAUCCAUCUUCUCCUGCCAUUCCUACUCUCUGCCUCUCCUUGAAGAGCUCAUUAAAUGCAUGAUAACCACCCCCUCCCAAGCCAGCCCUGGCUGCUUUGCACAUUCCUUGGGACAAGCCAGGCUCCUGUGGUACUCCCCCUGAUGCCGGGGAUGGAUCCUAGUGGAGAUGCUCACAGUGAAAGCAGGACAGGUAAUGAGAACAGUUACUGGAGUCUUGUGGAGAGGAGGAUUGCUGGAGCAGGGCCGUGUCCUGCAGAUCAUCCCUAGGGCAUAAGGACCCUGAACAGCUCCUGGGAAGGGUCACAGCCACCAGGAAGGUCUGGCCCUCACCUUCUCCUCUCCCUUUGCUCCCUGUAACCUUGGAUCACUUUGGGUACAGUCCUUCUGCUGUGGGUGAGAGUCCUCCAGAGUCUUUCAAGGAAAAAUGUGAAAAUUCUUCUAUUUUGUCCCUUAAAAGUCCAUAAAGCGUCACAAGAAGCUCUCAAGCAAACUCCCAAGGUGGGACUUUGUGCUCAAUUUGGUGACCUGCUGGGUGCUGCUGGCAUCCCUGGAACAGCAAGCCACCUUGGACAAACAAGGAAACCCACAGGGUCCUUGCAGCAGACAGGAUAUUAGGAGCAGUAGUUCACAACUUCUCAGGAAGGCACGGCCCUUCCCAGAAAGAUAGAAGUGAUGUGACUCACCCAAAGGUCAGGAGAGUGUUUCCUUGUCAGGGAUUUCCCUCUGCACGGAGAAAUUUCUUUGGGAACUGUUCUAAAUUUGGCAGCUGAGUCCCCCAGUGCCAGCUCUGGUAUCUCCAGGCGGUUGAGUACAUAUCCCAUAGGAUGAGGAGAUAUGGAGAUGCCAAAGCAGAGAAGGUGGUGAGUGUGUGGGGGACUCUGCUCCUGGGAGGCCUUCAGCAAGGUCACCACCACCCCACUGAUGUCCCCUGGCAGUGACACCUGUGAGUGCCCUGAGACACCCAGGGUGUGUCAGCCACUCGCUGGGCUGCUCUGCACC